AUGGCUCUUGAUCGGUCUUUGAAUUCGCUCAAGAACUCCCGCCGUUUCGACUUUCUUGAUGUCGGCUCGUGGAAGAAAUCAUCGAGGCGAUCGAAGCGAUGGUGUCAGUUAAAACUGGGAGUCGACGAGAUUUUGGCCGCCCAAGGUCUCGUCAUGCUCUCCAGAACCGGCGGUGGUUCUUACCCAUCUCCUCCCGCCGCCGCCGCCGCAGCCAAACACGAUGGGGAUAACCCUGUUCGUCCCGUAACCACCACCAUCUCCGCCGCCGCUUCACUCAAUUAUUCUGACUUCAAGAUUUCUCAAGAAUCGGUCCCUACUACACCGUCCCCGCCACCGGCCGUGCCCAAAUCGUACAGGAGUUGUGUCAACUGCGGUAAGGGUUUCAAUUCAUACCAGGCGCUCGGCGGCCACAAGACCAGCUGCCGCCUGAAGCCCACAAUCGCAGCCGCAAUCGACAGAAACCCCUACGCCGUCAUCCCUGCCGUCGCCGUCAUCUCCGCCGUCGCCAAAUGCAACUCCGGCAUGAAUCGGAGUGGUUAUAAUCUUCACGAGUGCGAAAGAUGCCACAAAACCUUCACAUCGGGACAGGCUCUGGGCGGCCAUAAGCGCAAGCACUAUGAAGGUGUCAUCGGCGCCGGUUCUAAAAAGAGCCGGAAAACCUCCUCAAACGGCAGCGCAGCCAGCCCAAAGAUGAUCCUGGAUUUUGACUUGAACCUGCCCCCGCUGCCUGAUCAAGAUUUCGAGUUUUAAUGAAUUCAAGAAGUAGUGGAAACUGCUCAGCCGCCACCUUUAUGCGCGUAUGAACAGUUUUAGUGCCCCUUUUUAACCCUUAUAUAAAGAAUAUGUCUUUAAAAUAUUUUUCUGGAGUGUUAAUUGAUUGUUCCAUAUUAUUUAG